GUAUAUUUGGGUGAUGAGAAUGUUUAUUUUGGUACAUUGCUGAGGGUCAGACGAUAUUUCGAUCGCAAACGCGGUCACACUUAAUCUUUUCUUGCCAAAAUGAGCCGCUCCAUGAAGAGCACGCAUCCAUCGGCGGAUCGCAAUUCGCAGCCCAUUGCCGAUGCGCUUGUGGCGCAGGUGGACAGAGCCACACCAAAUUUACAGUUACUCGAAAUCGCUUCUGGAUCUGGUCAGCACGCGGGCUUUUUGGCCCCAUUUUUGCCCAACAUCAGCAUACAGCCCACGGAAAACGCGCGGGAAAUGUUCUCCUCCAUUACGGCGUACGCCGCAGAUUGUGUGACUGGCAAUAUCCGGGCGCCCCUGCACGUGGACAUUACCCGGGAGCCCGGGCAGUGGGAGGCGCCGCCGCAGAAAGCAAGUUACGAUUAUAUUUUCAAUUCCAAUAUGAUGCACAUCAGCCCCUGGGCCUGCAGCGUGGGACUCUUCCGCGCAGCGGGCCUGCUGCUAAAGCAGGGCGGAAAAAUGUUCACCUACGGGCCGUAUGCCCAAGAUGGGGUCCUGCAGCCACAGAGCAAUGUGGACUUUGACCGCAGCCUUAGGCAGCGGAAUGCCUCUUGGGGUGUGCGGGACAUUAAGGAUCUCAAGGUGCUGGCCACGGAGCAUGGCCUGCGGCUGGAGAAGCAAAUGGAGAUGCCCUCCAACAAUAAAUUUCUGACCUGGCUCAAGUUGUAGCCGAGUGCACUGCUCCCCUGGCGUUUACCCCUUAAGAUAACGAAACGACGUUUGUGGCGGCAAUAAAAGAUUUUUUAUUGCA